AUGAAGUGUUCUUCAGUUUUGUGUCAAGAAAUACUGCGAUAUUUUGACCAUGCUCUUGCACCCAGUCAAUUAAAGCAAGAAGUGCCUCUGUCGACGACGCCGGAGCCAGAUCCUGUUCCUACCUUCCCGCCUGUUGACGCUUCUGAGAUGGCCGGGGACGAUGACCCACUAGGCUCGGACGAUAUAGUGAUGCGCACGAAAUUCACCCGAAAAUUCCAACGGAAUGGCCCACCUCCACCAGUGCGCUCCAGCCGCGGACGCAGUCAUGGUUCCUUUCGUGGGACAGAAUUUCGUGGCAACCGCAAAUCCUCUGGUACGAUACCAAAACAACUUUCUCGACACCCUCUUCCGAAAGACAAAGCAAGGCGACACGCCGACUCCGUGUUACAUCCGUCGUGGCAAGCGAAACGAGAGCAGAAAUUGAAAGCCAAACUGCACUCCGUGAACCCUGCCCCAACCGCGAUGCAUAUAAUAUUUGCUGAUUAA